AUGAAGAAAUAUGGAUUCAGACAAAGCAACUCAGACCAUACACUAUUUCUAAAACACAACAGUGAUCGUGUGACAUGUCUAAUUCUUUAUGUUGAUGACAUGAUCAUUACUGGAAAUGAUGAAAAUGAAAUCAACAAGCUAACAAAAGGGUUGUUUACAGAAUUCGAGAUGAAAAGCCUGGGAAACCUAAAAUAUUUUCUUAGGAUUGAAGUAAUGAGGUCACAACAAGGAAUUUUCAUCUGUCAAAAGAAGUAUAUACUAGAUCUUCUAGCAGAAAUAGGAAUGAUUGACUGCAAACCAUCUGAAACACCUAUGACGAUGAACCAAAAGUUGUUCAUUGAAGACGGAGCCAAAUCAGCUGACAAAGAAAGGUAUCAACGAAUAGUAGGACAACUGAUGUACCUCUUACAUACCCGCCCUGAUAUAGCGUAUGUUGUUGGAGUAGUCAGUCAAAUCAUGCAUGACCCUCAGGAGGCACACAUGAAUGCAGUCUUAAGUAUCAUCCGAUAUCUCAAAAGAACGUUAGGUCAUGAAGUUCUAUUUAGAUCAAAUGGACAUCUCAAAAUACAGGUAUAUACAGAUGCUGAUUGGGCUAGAGACAAAGGAAAUAGGCGAUCAACUUCCAGAUAUUUUUCCGUGGUAGGUGGAAAUUUGGUGACCUUAAUGAGUAAAACGCAGAAAGUAGUAACAUUAUCAAGUGCUGAAGCAGAGUUGAGAACCAAAGGAUUAACAGAAGCACUAUGUAUCAAAAAACUCAUGUUUGAAGUAGGAUUUUCCCAAAAGAAAGCACCCAGCUAUCCAGAUUUCAGAAAAUCCUGUUCAACAUGA